GGUUCUCUAAGCCACGAGGAAGACCUGGCUAAAGUGAUUGAGCUCCAGGAAAUCAUAGACAAGCAGUCAAGAGAGCAGAGCCAGAUGAAGGAGCGCCUGGCCGCCCUGUCUAGUCACGUGACAGAGCUGGAGGAAGAUCUGGACACGGCCAGAAAAGACCUCAUCAGAUCUGAGGAAGUGAACACAAAGUUGCAACGGGAUGUCCGUGAAGCCAUGGCCCAGAAGGAAGACAUGGAAGAGAGAGUCACGACUCUCGAGAAACGCUACCUCGCAGCACAGCGUGAAGCCACCUCUGUGCACGACCUCAACGAUAAACUGGAAAAUGAAAUUGCAAAUAAGGAGUCUAUGCAUCGACAGACUGAGGAUAAAAACCGCCAGUUGCAAGAGCGCCUGGAGCUGGCAGAGCAGAAGCUGCAGCAGACCCUGCGCAGAGCGGAGACCCUCCCCGAGGUGGAGGCGGAGCUGGCCCAGCGGGUGGCCGCGCUCUCCAAGGCCGAAGAGAGGCACGGCAGCAUCGAGGAGAGGCUGCGCCACAUGGAAGCACAGCUGGAGGAGAAGCACCAGGAGCUGCAGCGGGCAAGGCAGAGAGAAAAAAUGAAUGAAGAACACAAUAAACGUUUAUCAGACACUGUGGACAGGCUUCUUUCAGAAUCUAACGAGAGGCUUCAGCUUCAUCUUAAAGAGAGAAUGGCAGCUCUGGAAGAUAAGAAUUCCCUCCUACGAGAAGUUGAAAAUGCAAAAAAGCAAUUAGAAGAAAUGCAACAUGAUAAGGAUCAGCUCGUACUAACCCUGGAAGCCUUGAGAGCUGAACUGGACCAGACGGGGCUGAGAGGGGCUCCCCUACACCACAGCUGGAUUCCCCAACCCCACUUGGGCAGCGUCCCAGAUUUCAGGUUCCCCGUGGCAGACGGGCCCUCGGACUCCUUCAGCAGCAGCGCGGUGUUGCGACGCCCCCAGAAAGGCCGGCUGGCAGCGCUGCGCGACGAGCCUUCCAAGGUGCAGACCCUGGACGAGCAGGACUGGGAGCGCGCGCGGCAGGCCAGCGUGCUGGCUCACGUGGCGCAGGCGUUCGAGAGCGGCACGGACGUGCCUGACGGCGCUGGCGAAGGGGACACGCUCUUCAGCUCGGCCACUCUGCUGUCACCCAGCGGGCAGGCCGAUGCCCAGACCCUGGCCAUGAUGCUUCAGGAGCAGCUGGAUGCCAUCAACAAAGAGAUCCGGUUGAUACAAGAGGAAAAGGAGAACACGGAGCAGCGGGCAGAGGAGAUUGAGAGCAGGGUGGGCAGUGGGAGCUUAGACAGCCUUGGUCGUUUUCGAUCAGUGAGCUCCAUCCCCCCGUACCCUGCUUCCUCUCGGGCCAGCUCUUCCCCUCCCAGCAGCGGGCGGCCCACCCCUCGAAGGGCCCCGCACAGCCCGGCGAGGGAAGUGGACAGACUAGGCGUCAUGACUCUGCCUAGUGACUUAAGGAAACAUCGUAGAAAGCUGCCAGCCUCCCGAGAAGAGGUACGAGACGACAAGACGACCAUCAAAUGUGAAACCUCACCCCCCUCCUCCCCACGGUCCCUUCGGCUGGAGCGGCUGCACACAGGGGCGCUGCGCACGGCCAGCCACGAGGACGUCAGGGACGCACGCAACUCGACAGGCUCACAGGACGGCCCCGCGAGCAACCCCAGCAGUAGCAACAGCAGCCAGGACUCGCUGCACAAAGCCCCCAAGAAGAAGGGCAUCAAGUCCUCUAUCGGCCGCUUGUUCGGCAAGAAAGAGAAGGGCCGACCUGGAGCCCUUGGCAAGGAAUCGCUGGGACAAGCUGUUAUUUCAGAGACAGAAAACUCAUCUCAGGAUGCCUUGGGACUCAGCAAAUUGGGAGGACAGGCUGAGAAAAAUCGUAAACUUCAAAAGAAGCAUGAAUUGCUCGAAGAAGCCCGGAGACAAGGCUUACCCUUUGCACAGUGGGACGGGCCAACUGUUGUCGUCUGGCUGGAGCUCUGGGUCGGGAUGCCGGCCUGGUACGUGGCUGCUUGCCGAGCCAACGUGAAGAGCGGGGCCAUCAUGUCCGCCCUGUCGGACACGGAGAUCCAGCGCGAGAUCGGCAUCAGCAACCCUCUGCACCGGCUGAAGCUGAGGCUGGCGAUUCAGGAGAUCAUGUCCCUGACAAGUCCGUCAGCCCCUCCUACGUCAAGAACGACCACAGGAAAUGUCUGGUUAACACACGAGGAGAUGGAGACGCUCACGGCCACGCCCCAGACGGAAGAUGAGGAGGGAAGCUGGGCUCAGACACUGGCAUACGGGGACAUGAACCACGAGUGGAUCGGCAACGAGUGGCUGCCCAGCCUGGGCCUCCCGCAGUACCGGAGCUACUUUAUGGAGUGCCUCGUGGACGCACGGAUGCUGGACCACUUGACCAAGAAAGACCUUCGUGGGCAACUGAAAAUGGUUGAUAGUUUUCACAGAAACAGUUUCCAGUGUGGAAUUAUGUGCCUGCGAAGGUUAAAUUAUGACCGGAAAGAACUGGAAAGAAAAAGAGAAGAAAGCCAGAAUGAACUAAAAGAUGUGCUUGUUUGGAGCAACGAUCGAGUGAUUCGCUGGAUCCUCUCCAUUGGUCUCAAGGAAUACGCAAACAAUCUCGUAGAGAGCGGGGUGCACGGCGCCCUUCUGGCCUUAGACGAAACCUUCGACUUCAACGCUCUGGCCCUCUUGUUACAGAUCCCUACGCAGAACACACAGGCUCGUGCUGUCUUGGAAAGAGAGUUUAACAACCUUUUGGUCAUGGGGACCGACAGAAGGUUCGAUGAAGAUGAUGAUAAAAGCUUUAGGAGAGCACCUUCUUGGAGAAAAAAAUUUAGACCAAAGGAUGUUCGUGGCUUAGCUGCUGGGUCAGCAGAGACUCUCCCCGCAAACUUUCGGGUCCCGUCCUCUCUGUCCUCGCCCUCUGUGCAGCCAAAGAAGAUGCAGCUGGACGGCAGCGUGGCGGGAGCGCAGAGGCUGGACUCCGCUGCAGUCAGGACUUACUCCUGCUGA